CUAGGCUGGGAUCCUGCCAUGAUGUCAGAGGGAGACAAACGGACUGCCUGUUAAAUUUUAUCCCCCACUUAGAGCUGGGGAGAAAGAGCUCACCUAAAAUACAGCUCUUCCCCCCCUUCUGUGGUCAUGACGGCUUCUUCUCCGCACAGUGACUGUUUGGUGGUCUUGUUUGGGGCAUCCGCUGGUGGAAAUGGGGCUAAGCUGGGGUCGGAUGAGAGGGAACUAAUUCUGUUGGUGUGGCAAGUUGUGGAUCUUCCCAGCAAGAAGGUAGGGACGCUGCACAAAUGCCUGGUGAAGGCAGACAAUUUGGAGCUGAGCGAGCCCUGCCGAGAACUGACAGGGUUAACCCCCGAGAGUUUGGCCAAAGCAGAGCCUCUGGAUCGCGUCCUCCAACAGUUCAGCCAACUGGUUUCCAAUGACCUGAAAGUUCUAGGAAGGAGCUCAUAUACUUUCUGCACCGAUGGCCAACCCCUUAUUCGACAAGUUCUCCAUCCAGAAGCAUCCAAAAAGAAUCUUCUGCUGUCCGACUGCUUUUAUUCAUUUUAUGAUCUACGGAAAGAAUUCCAUGACUGCUAUCCCAGCUCAGCCCCCGUGAAGGAUCAAACUAUACAAUCCAUGGCAGAAUAUAUUGGCUAUGGGAUAGAUGAAAGCGAGGAAGACUUCGGAGUGUGGCAGGUGAAAGCCAUGGUAGCCAUUGUUUUCAGCAUGCUUCCAGAUACAUGCAGUCACAGGUUUACCACCCCAGAAACAGUGAAGUACAAGUAUGAAACGGGACCCUGUAGUAAAUCGGAAGCAGUGGACAACGAAACAGUCAUACGGGCCCGAGGUCUUCCUUGGCAGUCUUCGGACCAAGACAUAGCUCGCUUUUUCAAAGGCCUUAAUAUUGCCAAAGGUGGUGUGGCCUUGUGUCUCAAUGCUCAAGGAAGGCGAAAUGGAGAGGCAUUGGUGCGUUUUGUCAGCUCUGAACAGAGAGACUUGGCUAUGGAGAGGCACAAACAUCACAUGGGAAGCCGAUACAUUGAGGUUUACAAAGCCACAGGAGAGGAAUUUCUGAAAAUUGCUGGAGGCACCUCCAACGAAGUUGCCCAGUUCCUCUCCAAGGAGAACCAAGUCAUCAUCAGGAUGAGAGGUCUCCCUUUCACUGCAACGCCUGAGGAUGUGCUUGGUUUCUUGGGCCCCGAGUGUCCCGUCACCGGAGGCAAGGAAGGCCUCCUCUUUGUCAAGUAUCCAGAUGGCAGGCCAACUGGAGAUGCGUUUGUGCUGUUUGCCUGUGAAGAUUAUGCCCAGAAUGCCCUUAAGAAACACAAGGAGAUCUUGGGCAAACGCUACAUCGAACUCUUCAGAAGCACAGCAGCUGAAGUCCAGCAGGUUCUCAACCGGUACAUGUCAGCCCCCUUGAUUGCUACUCUCCCUACCCCGAUCGUCCCUGUCAUCCCUCCUCCUUACACCAUUGCUGCUGGCAGUUUGCGAGACUGUGUCCGCCUCCGGGGCCUGCCUUACACAGCUGGGAUUGAUGACAUUCUGGAGUUCAUGGGCGACGCGACUGGAGACAUCAAACCGCAUGGAGUUCACAUGGUCCUGAACCAGCAAGGCCGGCCCUCAGGUGAUGCCUUCAUCCAAAUGAAAUCUUCUGACCGAGCCUUCUUGGUGGCCCAGAAGUGUCACAAGAAAAUGAUGAAGGACCGUUACGUGGAAGUCUUCCAGUGUUCCGGAGAGGAGAUGAAUUUUGUGUUAAUGGGUGGCACUUUAAACCGUAGUGGAUUGUCUCCGCCCCCUUGUAAGUUACCAUGCCUUUCUCCUCCCGCCUAUGCUGCUUUUCAAACGGCAGCCACCGCAGUGAUCCCAGCAGAAGCUGCAAUAUACCCGUCACAAGCCCUCUUGCCUACAACCAGGACUCAACAAGCUGCAGCUGCAGCCGCAGCUGCUGCAGCCGCUGUCACUCCAACUGUCACUUACUACCCAACUCAGGCAGCUCAACUUUACAUGAACUACACUGCUUACUAUCCCAGCCCACCAGUAUCUCCAACCACGGUUGGCUACAUCACGGCUCCCCAAGCCGCUGUUGCAGCCGCUGCCUCGGCUUCUCACACUCCAAUGCUCCCUCAAGCAGGCGCCCUUGUCCGGAUGCAAGGAUUGCCCUACAACGCAGGAAUGAAGGAAAUCCUCAGCUUUUUCCAAGGGUAUCAGUAUGCUCCCGACGACUACAAUGGCCUCAUUCAGCUCAACGACCAAGCAAGGGGCGUGUUACAAGCACCGAAAGACUGGGUGUGCUUGUAAGUGUUGGUAACCACCAGAGAGAAGGUAAGCUCGGAUUGGCUGAAGCGGAACUCUUUGGUGGUGAAUGGAAAUGAUUCUGCGGGGAGAUGAUUUAUGUUCCCUCCUUUUCCCU